UUCUCGGGCCUCAGGUCAAGCUUGCUAUGAUGCCUGGAGCCAUCUUCUUUCCGCUGGUGUUGGCUGCUUUGUGUGGACUGGUGCAGUGCCAAGGUAACCGACCUCCUUUGAUAGACCCAUCCGCCGCCAAGGAGCUGUUCCAACAGGUGGACCGGGCUGGCAGCAACGACGGUAACCUGACAUUAAUGGGACUGAAGGAGCUUUUCGAUGAGUUUGAUUCUAAUGACAACAACCUGGUGGAGAGAGCUGAGUUCAUCAGAGCAUGGCAUGAUCGGGGCUUGGGAAGCGAGGAGUCAGCCAACGCCCUUUUCCAGAAAGCAGACACUGACGGCGAUGGUGUCAUCAACAUGGACCCUGAUGUCAAACGAGUCUUCAAAUAUUUCGACAUGAACGAUGAUGGUCGGAUUUCUCUGCCAGAAUUCGUCGUUAUGUGGGCAACACUAUCCAUACCUGCCUCGAAUUCAUCGACUUCUUGAGUGGACAGCUCGGUUUCAUCAAGUUUUUUUU